AUGCGAUAUCGUUUCCUGGCAAGUGGCACAUUUGGUUUGCUGGAUGAAGUAAGAGAGCUGUCUGACGUAGUACAUGUCAUCUGACAGUGACUCUGAGUAAGGUAUCGAAACCCAGGCGCAUCCUUCUCAUCUGUGGCGCACCUUCUGCUUCUUUCUUCUGUAAUAUGGGGAACUAAACCAUGCGUCGGUCAGAUGCACAACGGUUCGUAGCUGAGCCGGAUGUCACCCUGCUAACUUCCAGCGACGCUAGCUACAAAAACUCAGCGACUGGACGAGCGAGUUUUGCAUCUGCUACUCUCAGCAAGAAGAAGUCCGCCGAUGAUAACAGAGGCGGGGGCAGGGUAGUUGCCGACAAUUUUACUGCGGUACAACUAGUAGCAGCUCCAGUGGCCUCGAAUUCGAUAGAUGAAAGCGACGUCCCGCGUGCGCAGUUACUCCGCGCCCUUACAACCGGGGAGUGCGGAAGCCUGUUUCUGGUGCGACGAUCGCAUUUUCGAGGAGGUGGACGUCGAGGUAGACCACCACGGAUGAAAGAAAACGUUCGGAAUCGUGAUUGGGAUCAGGACGAUGAGCACCACGAGCUGCAAGUUCUAAAGAAGAAAAAGUACAGCUUUACCGACUUCCACGCAGCUGCACCUUCCUCUUCCUGUCACACCUCGGGGCGGCCAUCAUCCUCGUGCAACACUCACCGUGAUCUCUGCACAGAAAUUCAAAUCCUGGAACGACUCUCGUCUGCUGCAGCAAAUGCCGGGAAACCGAAACAAGUGGCCACAUCUUCAUCUACUUCUGCGUCCCAGUGUCUUCAUCGAGUCGAAACGAGCGGCCACGGCGUCUUGCUGAAGCAACAUCCGAAUAUCGUGAAAUACCGUGGUAGUUUUCUACUACCCGAAAGAACUGCAGAGGAACAGCAAGCCGUAGCAGAUCCUUUCGGAAUUUCUUUAGCGCAACAAAACAAAAUCUCUUGGCUUUUCUUCGCGCACGAGCCUGCAGAUUUGCAGCAGCUCCUGUACCGCAGGACGAAGCCCUUCCGCGAAGAGUUUGCGCUAGAAGUGUUUGCGCAAGUAGCCAACGCGUUGUGCUUCCUGCACUCGAACAGCUUCGGUUUCCGGAUCCAGCACCGAGACGUCAAGUCUGCGAACAUCUUGGUCAAUUUACCGGAAAACCGAGUCCGGCUGACCGACUUCGGUAUUUCGGUGCUGGAAGAACAAUUUGGCCGCGGGGGACCAUCGCAGGUGCAUCGGGCUGAUCGGGAGGACGAAGAGCAUGAGAAAGGGGAAGCAACGUACCCGGGAGGCGUAGUGAUCCGUCGGAACCACCACGAUGUGGAAGUACUAGAAGACGAGUCGUCUGGCCCUAGAGCACCUCCACGCUUCGUUGGAGUGGAAAAACUGCAGCGUGCACAUGACGAAUCUGAAGAUCCUGAUGUAGACCACAAUCACACCAAAGUCGUGUCUGACGACCCCGGCUCUGCAGUCGACGCGGCCAUCUCUGCGAUUGAGCGCAUUGUGUCGCUUUCUGACGAGUUGGAGCUGGAUCAAGUCCAAGAUGCAGAGCGAGGCUCGUCCGCUGUCUCCGUCGAAGGUUUCAGUUUCUCUCCAACCACUCUGUCCAGGCGAAGGAGCCGGCAAGUCGUCGAAUUUGAUUACACUGCUGGCGAGAAUGAAUUUUUACCUUCCGCGACGAUCGUCAGAGACGUCGAGGUAUCUGGGUGUGCUGAUAAUUUGGUUCCAGCACGACAAGCGACGGAAACACCCCGCUCCGGCACCUCGAAGCUGCAGCUGGAAGCUACGUUUACCCACAUCCCGCCCGAAGUGCUGGAGAAGGGGAACAGUGGGUGGAGUGUGAAGAGCGACGUGUACCAACUCGGACUGACCUUGUACGAAAUGUGCGCCUUAAAGUUGCCGUACGAUUUUCAUUCCACCACACAGGAACAGGCAUCUCCAUCUGAACAGAUGAAAGAGGCUCACUCAACGUCGGCGUCUCCUGGUCAACAGCAACAUGCGAGGAGCCAGCAAAAAAAUCAUGCCAAUAAUCCUGUCGGCAUGAAUCUUGGCGCCUUGACGCUGAGGAUCGCCUCUGGAGUUUACGAACCCCUUUGCAAAGAUUCCUACUCGGACCGAGUGCAUUACGUUGUGCGUCGAUUGCUGAAGAGGACACCGACAAAACGGCCCAGCGCAACCGAAAUUAUGCGCUGGAUGAAGCGAGAGGAAAGGCCAUAUGAAGAAGACGCGUUGCACCUUCCAGAAUCAGGGACUGAGAUGGAAAAUGCACUUGGUGAGCCAGCAUUUUUACGAGGACCGUUGAGAAUACACAAAGAAGAAAUGACAGCACUUUUGCAGUGCGAGGAGCUGACAACAUGAGGAAGAGAU